AAUAUGCGUUAUUUGAGCUUGAUUGUAUCUUCUGGCCUGGUGCUAACUUUACUUAAUAUUCCAACAACUCAAGCACAGUCAAGUCAUUUGAAUGUGGGACUUAAUCAUAGAGAGGGAAAGCCAAUGAGCACACCUUCAAGAGUCAAGCGGGCGCUUGCAAAAUAUGGUAUUAAUGAUAAUGAGUUGUAUUCUUCAGGUGGUGCAGCCAUUGAAUUGGAUAGCAUCUAUGUCGAUAUUGAAUAUCUUGGUGAAAUUGGAAUUGGUACACCACCACAAAUGUUUAGUGUAGACUUUGAUACUGGUAGUGCUGAUAUUUGGGUCCCUUCUGUUAAAUGUGGUUCUACUUGUAACCCACACCGUCGUUUUAAUGCGUCUUUGUCCUCAACAUAUGAAUCACUCGAAAACCAAAUGUGGAGACUCCAGUAUGGUGAUGGUUCAAAUGUCAUUGGUUAUGCAGCUAAAGAUUCUAUUCAUCUCGGCAACAUUACACAGCCUGCAGAAGUAUUUGGUCUUGUGUCUGUCUUAUCAUCACAUUUUGCCUAUGAUCAAUUCUUGGAUGGUAUUUUUGGUCUUGGUUUCCCUUCUUUGUCCUAUAUUGGUCUGAAUAGUUCUAUUGUUGAAAAUAUGUACCAAGAUGGUAAAAUUCCUGCUCCUAUUGUUAGUUUCUACUUGGGACAUUAUCGAAAUGGAGGCAAAGGAGAAGUGCUCUUUGGUGAUAUUAAUCAAAAACAUUUUGAAGGAGAGUUGUCCUAUGUACCUGUGACAACAAAAAAGUAUUGGCAAACUGACUUGACAAGUAUUUCCGUUGGCUCUACCAGCAUUUUAAGCACACCCAUACCUGCUGUUCUUGAUACUGGCACUACUUUGAUUGUUGCACCCAAGAACAUCUCUGAUUCAAUCCAUGCUCUUAUCCCUGAUGCUAAAUAUGAUCCCAUGUAUGGUUGGCGUAUGCCUUGUGCCUAUGCAGACAGCACAUCUACUGAAUCAAUUGUCAUUCGACUUGCUGACAAGGAUUUCCCUAUUUAUCUAAAGGACUUGGUUCGAGCAAAAUCUUCCGCAGAUACUCAAUUGUGCUUCUCAGGCAUUGCCGGUGCUAAUCUUCCCUUUAUUAUUUUGGGAGACACCUUCUUAAGAAACUAUUAUUCUGUCUAUGACUUUGGUAAUGCACGUAUUGGGUUAGCUAAAUCAAAAGCAUAAACUUUAUU